ACCAAACUACAGCUCCAGUAAAGCGCAAACUGUCGUUAUCGACCAGGUUUCUGUUAAUCACAUCUGGGGCAGCAUCCGUUGGUUAUUAUAUAAUCCAUUCUACACGAAGGUCAGAGGUUCCACCGAAGCCAUGGGAGAUAUCACUGUACCGACGUAUGCCUUUAAAAACAAUGUCACGGCUUUGGGGCCGCUUCAACCAGAUGGAGCUGCCAGUUUUCCUUCGCAAGCCACUGCUAGGGCUCUACAUCUGGAUGUUCGGCUGCGACCUGCAGGAAGCUGAAAUUGAAGACCUCAAGUUGUACAGAAAUCUAGGGGAGUUCUUCAGGCGACAGUUGAAACCUCACGUCAGACCAAUAGAUAUUCAACACCAGCUGACGUCGCCUGCUGAUGGUCGCAUCCUGUAUCACGGCCAGGUAAAACAUGGCAUUCUGGAGCAGGUGAAAGGUGUCACAUACUCCCUGCGCGGCUUUCUGGGGCCCCUUCCCUCCGAUAGUCCUAGCCACGGCCAUGACGCUAGCCAGCAGACGGAUGAAGAUUACCAGAGCAGCCUCUCUUUACAACCUGGCAACCAGUUAUAUCACUGUAUAAUCUACCUGGCUCCUGGUGAUUACCACCGGUUUCAUUCCCCGGCUACCUGGACGGUAGAGCACAGACGGCACUUCCCAGGUGAACUAUUGAGUGUCAGUCCAGGUGUGGCCAGGUGGGUGCAGGGUUUGUUCAACUUCAAUGAAAGAGCUGUCUAUACGGGUCGCUGGCAACAUGGGUUCUUCUCCAUGACAGCUGUGGGUGCCACCAAUGUGGGAUCUAUAAAAAUAUAUUGUGAUGAGGAUUUGGAGACAAAUACCAAAAGAAAAUACCCAGAACACACAUACUUUGACAGGAAGUUCCCAGAACCCACCACUUUCCACAAGGGCGACAUGUUCGGAGAGUUCAACCUCGGCUCAACUAUAGUCCUGAUUUUUGAGGCUCCCAGCGGGUUCAAGUUCAAAGCUCAGGAAGGUGACAAGGUCAAAUACGGGCGACCCCUGGGCACCACUCCAGCAUAA